AUGAAUGAUGCUUUAAUACAAAGAGAUCAACUAGAAGACCUGAUUAUCGACCACCCUGACGCUGAAACAAGAAAAGAUUUACAUGACACGUCUCUCGAUGAAACGUUUCAGAAAAAAUUGAGUGCCAAAGCGCACGAGAUUGAGGUUGCCAAUGGGGGUGGCGGUGGUGGUGGCGGGAGCGGGAAUCAGCAUGGUGGUGGAAUUGGAAGCGAGGGCAUGCACAGCGAGAAUGAUGUCAAUUACCAGUUCCUAGUGACGAAAUCGCACCUUGCUUUUGAAUAUCAAGAGGUGGAAAGCCCCGGGCAGAGCGUUUCGGAAUGGUUCACGUUCAGUGACUUGAAAACUGUCGGUGGGUUGGAUUCGCUAGUGCUGAAUUUCGAGCUGAAUCAAGACAUUGAGGAGCAUAUCGGACAGCUUUGCGGGGCAAACAUUGAUGACGCGUUGCUGGUGGGGUUGAAAAGCUUGCUAUAUUUCAGCUUUGGCGAAUACGCCGGUAAGUCGACGAAAGACGAGCAGAUCAAGGCUAUCCUUGCAAAUAACCAGCGGCUCAUUGAGCUAGAACUCUUUGUGCCAGUUGUAGAUAUCUUGAAGACGUUUUUCGAGGCAAAGAUGGCGACAAGUGGUAUAACAAAGCUCAAGACAAAGACAAAGCCGGGGCCAAAGCCGGGGCCAAAGCCGGGGCCAAAGGCAACGGCUUCAACCUCUUCGACAAGGACAGAGUCAAACUACUUCAAGUUGCUCACGCUUCUUUACCUCAUGGUGAUUUCUGCAAUCCAUACACAAGACAAACAGGAUUCUACAUCAAAGUUUAAAGAAUACCUCAAGAAUGCGUUUUUGAUUGAAACAAUACUUUGUUUCAUUGAACACUGGAAGUGGAGUCCCAACGGCUCCUAUCGCAUAAGAUAUCUCAUUUUGCUACUAAGUAAACUACUCAUAUUGGAACUUGGCGGCUCCAACAGUCUCAAAGACUGCGACGCUUAUCUCAACCACUGUCUCCAUGUGACCAACUCCAAAAGUGAGCUGAAUGGUGGAAAGAAACUACGGUGCUCGCCGUUGGACUAUUUUGCAUUUCGCGAGGAUUUGAUUGAUAAAUUCCCCCUUUUCGACAAGGAACUCGGCUUUGCCCUGACUCUAUCUGAAGAAGACAAGGCUUCCAUUGAAGAGCAGUACCAAACAUUUAUGGCAAUCAACAGUCACUCUAGUUCACUAUCCAAUACCCUUGAGACUCCAAGAACAAACAAAUCGCAUAGUGUAUUGAGCCAGCUACCUACGCAACCAGUCCACUUGGCCACUCCCAUCCCGAGCCCCAAACUCGCAUCUUCUGAUUACAUGUCUGGUGGCGAAAAAAUUAGGAAAUCGUACCAAGUCAACCAGUCAAUGCCGUUUAUAUACCCCAUGGAUCAAGAUGCAAAAGAUUUUGUUCCUGUGGCGAUAAUCGAGGCAGAUGAAAUUUUAAAGAAUUCGGUUUAUGAAAGCUAUUCAAUCAAAAGACUAUGGAAAGAACGCGAAAAAUUUAUGCAGCAAGAACGAGGCUAUGCUUGUGUUUAUGAUGAGAAGCCAAGCAACCUAGAGCUGGAAUUUGUUGAUGAUCUUCACUUGCAAAGCGAGCUGGAAAAAAAAAAGACCCAAUUUAGCCUGGAAAUUGGCUCCCUCGAACGCGUGGAGCAGUUGUAUUCGAGGUCGUUUGCGAGGUUUCACACCGUGGUUGAGGUGUUUAUCGAAAUCAUACGAAGUAAUCGCAUUGAUUCCAAUUUGAAUUUUUACGAGUUUGAGUUGAACCCGGCCACCUCAUUUAUGGUGAACUCGCCCGUGGCUCAAGCAAACGACGCUACGCGCGCCAAGAUUGAAACGGUUUUGUUGCUGCAGUUGGAAGUGUUGAGUGUCAGGGAAAUCACCUCCAAAGCCGUCACGAAUAUCCUCGUGAGUCUCCUUUCUUGGUUCAAGCGGAGCCACGUGUUAAAAUACUACUAUUUGUCGUCGAUUAUUUUCGAUGCUCAGUUCUUUUCAGUGACCAUGGACUAUAUAAGCUCUGGCUUCAACAACUUGAAUAAUCAAAGUGUAACCCAAAAGGGUAACUCGAAAAAGAAAAUCGAUGAAAUGGUGGAGUAUGAAGUAUUGAUAAACCAGAAUAGGUUGAUGAAUCCGCAGAUUAAACUACCAAAACUUGACUUUUUCAACAACUGCCUAAGGCAACGUGGUGAGCUGCAUAAAUAUCAAUUCAUCAAUAAUGUAUUUGUGCUGGAUUUACCCAAGGAAACCGACGAGAAUAACAUUAACCACGUCUACAUCAAGAACUACAAUGCGAAUUUCGCUCAUAUCUUGUCGAAUUUGCUUUGGAUCACCAACAAAAUUCUCUUGAAGAAUCAAAGCCAGAGGAUAUUCACCAUGAAUGAUUUGAAGCCUUCUGAAUUGUUCAAGAUGAUCUUGAUAAAUUAUGACAAUCCCUCCUUGUCGCAGCCGAUAUUGAAAAUCUUGAAAAAGUUGGUGCCUUACCAGGGCCGCAAAUGGAAAAGCGUCAAUAUGGAUUUGAUAAGUUCCAUCUAUUUGAACUGUCAGCUUAGUAUGAAGGAUAACUGGUUGAGUGGGAAAGACUUGGAAAAUGACUUCAAUAGCAGUUAUGACCAAGAAGUGGCCUUGCGUGCAUUACUACAGUUCUAUAAUAUUAGACGAUACCCUGACGAGAUGGAAAAGAUUGGAUACAAGGUUGACCGAGAGGUUGACAUUACCGAAGUUGAGCCGUUGCAGUUGAACAACUUUGACCUCGACCCAGAAUGA